CACUGAGGUGAAAUACACUAGGCGUCAUUAAAUAUUUUCCACUCACUCUCGUGUUACUCAUCAAAGACGAAGGCUGAGGAGAAGGCAAUGGAUGGCAAUGGUUUUCAUGGUGUUGCUCGUGUUAUAUAUAUAUAUUUGUAACAUAGUUGAGAGAUAAUAAAACGCGAGAUUCUCGAGACCGCACGAAGAAGUAUCGUUUUCCGCGAGUCGUCAAAACAGUUUUGCGUAUUGGAGUAAACCAGUUGCGAUGGCCGAAAAUCGGGACGCGAUACUGGCUGACUUUCAGGCUUGCACUGGAAUCGAUGAUUUCGGGGAAGCUAUUUUGUAUCUGGAAGAGACAAAUUGGGAUUUGUUGGCUGCAAUAAACAAAGCUAUGCCUCAAGGUACGCAACAGUUACCUUCCGAAAUGGCUCCGGACAUUGAAAUGGUGGAGGAAAUUAAAGCAAUACCACAGUCAUCUUCAACAAAGUUACAAGCCAUAGCUCAGAACACAAAAAAGCUAAUAGGUAAUACGCCAAAAGUUGUAUCAGAUACAGCGGAAAAUGCGAGACCUGGGACAAGUAGACCUAAGAGCUGUAUGAGGAAUAGAACACUUACAUUCCACAUUAAUUACCUUGAUAAUGAUUAUAAGAUAAAUCUGUCUGAAUUAUCCACUUUGAAGGAUCUUAAGCAGCUUAUAUUCCUCAAGACAAAUGUAACACCGUGUCAACAAAUACUUCACGGAUGGAAGAAGGAACCACAGACAUUAAAUACGGUAUUACAAACGUUAGAGCUGCCUAGGGAAGUCACAUUGUACCUGUCAUCAAUAUCACAAAUUGGUGACUUGGCUAAUGAUACGGUGAGCCUGUCGAGUCGCAUGAGUCAGAAUUACACAUUGAAUGUGAAAGAUGAGGUGCAUAAUGAAACAUACAAGUUGAAGUUUCCUGGUACACGUACCGUAUUGGAAGUGAAGACAGAUGUGUAUUCGUUAAUAGACGUGCCGGUACGAAAUCAACAGUGGAAGGGUUGGCCUAGUUCUUUAAAAGACGAUAAUGUAAUGUUGGCACAAAGCGGUAUUUGUUAUCCGGAACAUGAUUUGUCAGUCGGGAAGCUACCUUCAAAAGAAGACAAGAAGAAAGUUAUAGAUCUAGUUGACAGCGAUAGUUCCAUAGACGAGCAGGAAGAUGUAGAAGAAUUCGAACAAUUUCCUGAACCGUUUAACGUCGAGGACGAUAUUUUCAUAGACGAUGUUAAAUCUACUAAAAUAGAACGUCUUAUGCCAGAAAAUGUGGUGGACGAAGUAAUGGGUACGUUACAUUUCGCGGAACAAUUCGAAAAGCGAUACGGGCCAGCACAUCCAGAAUUUUUUGCCGGCACAUUUGAAGAUGCCUUGAAAGAGUCGUGUCUAAAACCAGCAAAAGAGAGAAAAUUACUGGCUGUAUAUUUGCAUCACGAUAACAGCGUAUUAGCGAACGUUUUUUGUACUCAAUUGUUAGGCUUCGAAACGGUGCUUCAGCUUCUUUCAGCGAAUUUUAUAGUAUGGGGUUGGGAUAUUACAUACGAAUCGAACAAAGAAAGGUUUUUGCACUCUGUAAAUCAAACCCUUGGUACCGUCGGUUCAUUGGCUGUGUCGAGCAUAGACGUUGAUUCCUUGCCAGUUCUCAUGAUUAUUAUGAGAUCUAGAUCAAACACAGAGAUAUUUGCCAUUGUACACGGCAAUGUGGGAGUCAAUGAGUUAUUAACCAACUUGGUACAAGCUGUCGACGUAUUCCAGGAACAAAGGCGAGCCGAUAUUGGCGUUGAAGAAGAACGGCAAGCCAGAGAACGAGUCAAGCAGGAACAAGACAGAGCGUACCAAGAAAGUUUGGCUGCCGAUAGAGCGAAAGAAGAAGCGAAACAGAUGCAAGAGGAACUUGAGAAGAGGAAAAAGGAACAGGCCGAAAACGAAAGAUUAGCCGAAAAGGCGAGGAAAGAAGCUCACAGACAAGCUGUGGAAUCCAGUUUGCCGCCCGAACCGCAACAGGGAGCGGGUGACGGCAUAAUGAAAGUAAGAGUGCGACUGCCUGCCGGAGAAUAUCUCGAACGUAAAUUUCAGUCGGAUACACCGCUACAGACGCUGUUUAACUUCCUCAUCGUAGAGGGUUACCCCACGGAGGAAUAUAAGAUACUCUCUUGUUCUGAUUGGCCACGAAGAGAUUUAACUUCGCUGGAUUCGAAGCUCACGUUGAUGGAACUGAAAUUCUGUCCGCAGGAAACAGUAAUUUUAGAGGAACGAUAAAUAAUAAUGUGUUGUAAUUAAAUUUAAAUAUAGAAAUUAAGUAUCGGA